CUACAUAUCUCAUAGAUUCAAACCAUUUAUAUCGACCUCACUGAAUUAUUACUUCAUUUUUUCUCAUUUUUUUUAUCUUGAGUCUUUUGCUUUUUGAGUAGUCGCUGGCUCUGGCCCGCCUGUAGAACAUUAGCCUCGGACGUCACGUACACCAAUCAUAUCAUUCUGUCUUUCUUCGAGUUGUACAGGGUGAGUCAGUUAUUUUAAACAGACCAAAAAAAGUGAGGCAAUCAAGAUGCCGAUUCCGAGAUCCGAAUACCUCAGUAAUGUCUGGAAAGACGGUAUCUUUGAUGGGCGUGUUGUGUUCGUGACCGGUGGUGCGGGCACCAUCUGUAGUGCCCAGACCAGGGCCAUGGUUCACCUCGGCGCCAACGCUUGUAUUAUCGGCCGUAAUGUUGAGAAGACUGAGUCCGUCGCUGCCGAUAUUGCCACCGCCCGGAAAGGGGCUAAGGUUCUGGGGAUUGGCGGUUGUGAUGUUCGAGACCCUGAGAGUCUGAAGAAUGCCGCCGACCGGUGUGUCAAGGAACUGGGUGCUAUUGACUUCGUCAUUGCUGGAGCAGCAGGCAACUUCAUCGCCCCUAUUUCUGGCCUCUCUUCCAACGGCUUCAAGACAGUCAUGGAAAUUGAUGUCCUUGGCACCUACAACACGGUGAAGGCGACGAUACCAUAUCUCAUCGAGUCUGCGAAACGAAACCCUAACCCACCAGGUGACGGUCUCACUGGUGGCCGCAUUAUUUAUGUCUCGGCAACGUUCCACUACGCCGGGAUGCCUAUGCAAGCCCAUGUUGCGGCAGCUAAGUCUUCCGUGGACUCCAUCAGCGCAUCCGUGGCCCUGGAAUACGGACCCUACGGAGUUACUUCCAACGUGAUUGCCCCUGGUGGCAUUGAAGGCACCGAAGGCAUGGACCGUCUCAGCAGUACCAAGAUGGACUACAAGGAUACGGCCAAGCACAUCCCUUCAGGCCGCUGGGGCACAAUCCGUGACGUGGCCGAUGCCACAGUGUACCUCUUUAGCGACGCGGGUAACUACGUCAACGGGAACGUCCUCGUCGUAGACGGCGCUGACUGGAGGAACAAAGGGACCGGAGUUGGGCGAGACCUCAGCAUGCAAUAUCCCAACUACUUGCUGAACUGGACUGAAACACAAAAAUACGUGAAAUCCGGCCGCAAGGAGAAGCCCAAGCUAUAAGAAUCAGGCUCACCUUACUUACCCUCGAAUCCGUACUUAUGAAUAUCAAUAUUGGAAAGCUUCAAUCUGUACUUCACACUAGGAGUGGCUUUACCCAUUAAGAAGGGAUAAUAGCUGCAACGAAAUUCAAUCUUAGCGCUCACGAUAAUCAUAUAGACAUUUCUAUCUUAGUAUUGGUGAUCACACAGAUUUUUCAGAGAGGAAACACAUAUACGCACAUAUGUUGGGGUUAUGCAUGACGACUUUAGCGUAGGCUAAAAUUGCAGUGCUGAUUGCCACGACGUGUGUUACCCUAUUCUCACCAUUCUUCUGACUUGCAGUAGAAGCGACCCCAACACUUCUACUGGAAGUCAGAAAGCUGGCGACGGAAGUGGAGUCCCAACGGGUAAGUAAGGGUGUCAGUCCUGGCUUGUGAUCCUAAAAAAGUAGAUUCUACACUGCUAGAAAUUCCCGACCUUGCUAUUUGGUUGACCUUUCUGUUAUCUGUGCUUGAAAACCCGCUUGUACAUCUUAGAUUGAUUAAUCCUUUCAUAUGAA